CCGCGCGACGACGCGACGCAGUGCCGCAGUAUCCGCGGGCCCCGAAAUACUCACGGUCCGCUCUGGUUCGCGUCUGUUAUGUGCGUUAAUCGUCCGCACCGCCACCGCCAGCACUACUCUGCCAGGGACGACACGCUUGGAACAUGUGGUCGAGAUGCGUCCUGAUAUUAGGGAUAUGUUACUUAACCGUAAAAGCUGGUGUUGCAGUUCGUCAUUUUGAAGACGGUUAUUCACAAGCUUACGACUUUACUGGUAGACACCAGUAUCAUAUAAAUCGACCACCUAGACAAACUGUCCGAGAAUCUUUUCACUUUCCUUCAAUCGAUAACCAGGAUCAAAUAGGAUAUAGCGAUGUUACAUACCCAGAAGGUAGAAGCGCUAAAUCAGGUAGACGUGCCAAAUUACCAUCCGAGUUCCAAGAAACUCUACCUGAGGAACAGACUGAAUAUCCACCUGUCGGUACGGAAGAAGCUCGGUAUUUAUCUCCACAAGCCAUAGCCAAAAUUUCAGAAACUCUUGGCGCUAUCAACACUGUGGGGAGGUACCUAGUUAAUUAUACAAGGGGAACCACAGAUGACAGACUCGACAGCCCACAGAGUUAUCCAGUAAGUUUGCAGAAACAAGGUGACCUGCCAUCUGCAAUAUUCACUAUCAGCAAAAACGUACUUGGUCGAAAUAUGACUGAUAUGGUAGUAAAACCAUUAGUGAGUCUGGGUUCAGGCAAGGUGGUGUCACAAGACAAUAGACCAUGCUCUACACCGGAUGGUUCUCAGGGAAACUGUGAGGACCUUAGCAAUUGCCCACAGUUGUUGCUCAACUUAGGGCAUCUUAGACAAUCCAUAUGCUUUAAGAAUUUGUUCGUGCCAGGCGUGUGUUGCCCAAAAAAAACAUCUGAACCAAUUGUUCCUGAAAAACCUUCAAAACCAGAACACUACGUGACACAGACUACAGUCACUAGACCGCCGACAAUUACCCGGCCACCCCCGGCUACUCGACCACCGCCCGCUAAUAUUAUUACAUUGUCUACUAAAUCACCAAUACAAGUAGCGACUAAACCAACAAUAAGUUCGGUGUCUUCUAAUACUAUUGAUGAAGACUGUGGACGACCAGAAGUACCAAAAUUCCGAGUAGUCGGAGGAGACGAAGCUUUACCAGGUCGAUGGCCAUGGAUGGCAGCUAUAUUCUUACAUGGUCCUAGGAGAACUGAAUUUUGGUGCGGAGGCUCAUUAAUUGGACCUAGACAUAUUCUCACAGCUGCGCAUUGCACACGAGAUAAUAGACAAAUGCCUUUUAAUGCCAGACAAUUUACAGUUCGACUUGGUGACGUAGACCUACGAAGAGAUGACGAACCUUCGUCUCCUGAAACAUAUUAUGUUGUCGAAGUCCGUGGACAUAAUAAAUUCUCAAGAGUUGGUUUUUAUAAUGAUAUUGCAAUACUCGUAUUAGAUCGACCUGUCAAAAGGAGCAAGUACACAAUACCUUUGUGUUUACCUCCUAAAAGUUCUAAGUCAGAUACUUUUGUUGGUCAAAGUCCGACAGUUGUAGGAUGGGGCACUACGUACUACGGUGGUAAAGAGAGUACUGUACAAAGACAAGUUGACCUUCCUGUAUGGAAUAAUAACGAUUGUGACAGAACUUAUUUCCAACCAAUCAAUGAAGACUUUAUUUGUGCAGGAUUGAAAGAAGGGGGAAAAGAUGCUUGUCAGGGAGAUUCUGGAGGUCCGUUAAUGCUAAAAAAAGAUGGUAGGUGGAUACAAAUUGGUAUUGUAUCAUUUGGUAACAAAUGUGGUGAACCUGGCUAUCCGGGUGUGUAUACAAGGGUCACCCGAUACUUGGAUUGGAUUAAUGAUAACAUUAAUUGAUCAUAUUUCGACAACUAAAGAAGCAUCAACGAUAAAUGUAAAUUAAUUAACGAUAGCGUAAAUGCCAAACUUUUGUACCUAUAUUUAAUAUUUAUAUAUAUAGAUUUUAAAUCAAGAUAUUACAAGAUUCAUAAUAUACCUAG